AUGAGUCCGGAGAAGCAGCGGGAGCAGGAGGAUGACGUCGAGUGCGUCCUGCUGUCGGCGUCCAGGAUCCUCAACCCCUCGGAGGGGCUGGAGAGCGGAUGCGGUGAGCCAGACUACAGCUGCAUACCUGAAUCUGAAAAUAAAGUCCAACCACAAUCAGCAUUAAAAGUCCUCCAGCAUCAGCUAGAAUCAUUUCAAGCUCUCCGAAUACAGACUUUGCAGAACGUUAGCUUGGUACAGUCUGAAAUCAGUGAAAUAUUGAACAAAAGUAUUAUGGAAGUAGAAAAUCCACAGUUUAGCUCAGAAAAAAAUAUAGAAGUCAACACACACAUUGAUAAAGUUUUGCCUGUAAAGAAUCAAGAAAAGAUCCUUUCUAUGGAUAAAAUUCAUCAUUUUGAAGAUUCUAAGACUCUUCAUCCAAUGGAAGAAAAAUACAGUAGCAGUAAUAUUAACAGUGUCACUCCAGAUAUAGAUAUUCCCUCCAAGAUUGAUUUUAACAACAUAUUAAGUCUAAGAACUUCAACAGAUAACUCAGCUUCUAACACAAUUAUGUUUCCUUCCAAAAAUUCUGACAUGUUGAAUAACUGCAAUGACCUUUAUAGUUUUCCACUUAAUGAACCUCAAACUGUGAUGUCUCAAGCUGAUACAGUACUUUUAGAUCAAUCCAAAAUCACUGUUCCUUUCCUGAAGCAUGGAUUUUGUGAAAAUUUGGAUGAUAUUUGUCAUUCAAUCAAACAAAUGAAGGAAGAGCUUCAAAAGUCGCAUGACAGGGAACUAGCACUUGCAAAUGAACUUCAAAUUUUAAAAGCUGAUAAAAAUGUUCAAAGUAAUGGUAAAUAUGACCCCAUUGACAAGGAAAAAAUUAACUUUAUUAAUGAAGAAAAUACAGAAAAUAACUUAAGUGAAGAUAUAAGAUCAAGGAGAAUUUUAGAAUUAGAGGAACUAGUACACAAAUUACUCCCACUCAGGGAAACAGUGUCAAAAUUUCAUGUGAAUUUUUGUAAGAAAUGUAAAAAGUUAUCUAAAAAUGAAAUACAGUGGGGAAAGAAGAAUGAGAAGAACAAAGAAAUUCCUCUCACCAGCAAGAAUAUUACAGAUUUAAAGCUUCAUUCCAGCGUUCCAAAACAUACUCUGUCUUUCUUUGAGCCAACAAAAUGUGAAGUACAAAACAAAGAAAUGCAACCAUUUGCUUUAAAACGAGAAUCAAUACUUGAAAAUGAGAAAACAUCUAAAGUUAAUUCUGUUACUGAUCAGUGUGUCGCAAAACUUCAGUACUUACAGAAUUACCUAAAAGAAUCUAUGCAGAUACAAAAAAAGGUAACACAACUGGAGAAUGAAAAUCUAAACCUUAAAGCCAAAAUAAAACCUCUUGUCUCUACCACACAAGCUUUGAUACAGAAAAUUGAAACAUAUGAAAAGCAGCUUAAGGAUUUGGUUGAAGAAAAACACACUAUUCUAUCCAAGUUGGCUAAAACAGAAGACGAUAGCAAGGAAUGUCUGAAAGAAUUGAAAAAAAUCAUAAGUAAAUAUAAUGUUCUUCAAGAACAAAAUAAAAUUCUAGAGGAAAAAAAUAGUCAAUUUUCUUUGGAGAAGGCGCAAAUGACAGAAACACUAGAUUAUCUGAAAAAUAAGGAACAAAAAACCCAAAAUGACAUGGCCAUUGUCAACAAUGAAAAUAAUCUAAUGAGUAUAGAAAUAGAAUCAAUGAAAAGCAAUAUUCUGUUGAUUCAAGAUGAAAAUGGCGAGCUAGAGAAGAAAACACACCAGCUUCUACAGGAAAAGGAUUCUCUUGAAAACGACCUUAAAGAAUAUCAGCUAGAGAUAAUGCAGCUGAAAGAAAAAGAAAGAUUGGCAAAAACGGAACAAGAAGCACUCCUCGAAAUAAUAAACACAAUUAAAAAUGAAAAACUUGCUCUUGAAGAAACACUGCACGAUUCUACUGUUGCUAGACAAAUAAUAGAAAGACAAAUCGAGACGAUUCAGACUUACAAUUCUACUGCAAAAGAGAAUUUUCUGAAAGAGAUUAAGAAUGCAAAAUCGGAAGCAAAUUCUUAUAAGAAUAGUUUGUCCAAAAUGGAAAAUGAAUGUGAAAUGUUAUCAAAACUGGUCGUGGAAAUUAAAGCAGAUAAUCAGAUUCUAAAAGAAGAACUAAAAAUGCAUAGUCAAGAAAGUAUAAAAUUUGAAAACAGCAUUAGCAGACUUGAAGAAGACAAAAUACUAUUGGAAAACUAUGUGAGACGUAUAGAAAAUGAAAGAAAUACCUUGGAAUUUGAGAUGAAGAGUCUUAAAAGAGAGUACUUAAAUCUCAGUGAAAAAAUGUGUGGUCAGCAUAAUGAUGUCUCAAAAAUGGAUUAUAUUUCAAGAAGAGAAAAAAUCCAUUUUGACAUCUAUGAUACUUAUGAAGAUACCUCUGAUCUUAGGAAUAAGCCUUUAGCUCCUGAUUUGAAAGCAAUUGCAGCCUUUUAG